AAAGGGAUGUCGGUAACUCUGCACACUGAUGUGGGGGAUGUAAAGUUAGAACUAUUCUGCGAGGAAUGUCCCAAGACUUGUUACAAUUUCCUAGCUCUUUGCGCGAGUGAUUACUACAAUGAUUGCAUAUUCACUAGGAACAUCAGAGGCUUUCUUGCACAGACAGGAGAUCCGACUGGUACUGGGAAGGGAGGAAAGAGUUGUUGGGAGUCGAGGUACUUUCCAGACGAGAUACACGAAGGUAUAAAGCACUCUAAGCGGGGUAUGGUCAGCAUGGCUAAUAGUGGUCCUAACAAGAACUCUUCUCAGUUCUUCUUCACUUAUGCCGAACAGGUGAAUCUAGACGGGAAGUUUACAGUGUUUGGGCACGUGAUAAGUGGGCUGGAAGUGCUGGACGACCUGGAAAAAGUACCAGUGGAUGAGAAACUCAAACCCAUCACUGAUAUCAAGAUCAGACGAGCCACGAUACACGCUAACCCCAUUGCUGAAUGGGGCUGACUCUAAUCUUAUACUAUUGCCAGACAAUAAUCAGGUGUUGUUCAGGGUGAUCUGAAUGACUUGUUGUUUAAAGACAUCAUCUUUUAAGGUGUAAGUUUUGUUGCCGAUGUACCUUCUUUUUUUUUUAACAAUUAGUUUUGCAAUACUAGUGCUUUACUAGUACGGCACUUAUUCCAUCUCGUAAGUCUGGGAUCCCUACUUUCUUGGCAUAUGUGAUUGGAUAUUUAUUCUAUUCUCUAUGUUAAAAUGACAAAUGUGACACAGUGACAUCCCAAAUAUUGAUAAGCAUUAAAAAUCAGAGAGAA